AUGGCGACUGAGGUGACCUCGCACGUUGCGAAUCCCUACCCACACAAAGUCAUCCAUGCCGACAUACGGAUACAAUCGAUUGACGACGAGUCGGGACAGAGCGGCCCGCCUGCGCAGAGUGAGGAGCAUCUUGCGGAGAGCAAACCGAGCGUAGCAGAUGUCGUGUACCAGGUAAAGGGCGCUGAGAUGCGGGAAUGCUGGUCCAAAGCUAUCGCCAAGAACAUGGACCUGCCUGAGGGCUACUCCAGCGCUGCAGUCUUGAUCAUCAAGUGGGCGGAUGCGCUGGACGACCUGAAGACCGGAGCAGAGGCCCGAGAACUCCAUGCCCUCUUCCGCGACCGCUAUCACUACAAGUCCGAAAUCGUCGAGCUCGACGUCCGUCCGAAACCUCAACAUCAGCUCGAAAGCUCCGUCAUCAACUUCAUACGCGACAACGACGGACCGGAAAAUCUGCUCAUCGUAUACUACACGGGGCACGGCGAUUACAGCGAGGAGAGGAAGUGCUUGGAGCUCUCUGGCAGUCUCCCGAGUGACAACUCUGUACUACAUGACAGAGGAUUCCGGAAGAACGCGCGCGCAAACUGGACCCAAGCUGAGGACCGGCUACGCAGCGACGAUGUAGAGAGCGAUGUCUUGACCAUUCUAGACACCUGCUAUGCGAGCAACUUUGCCAAGUCGGGCAAAGAAGGCCACAAGAAGUUUGAGCUCCUCAGCGCGUGUGCGGUUGAUCAAUUGGCCGAACCUCCUGGUGAGAGGUCAUAUACCCGUGCGCUCAUUGACGCCUUGAAAGCACUCCAUGAGACAAACCCAGAGGGAGCAAUAUCGACCUUCCUUCUGCACCAGCGCAUCAACAUAGACAAACGACGCGUAGAUACGCCCUCGCAUAUCUGGUCUCGAGGCAAUAGCACACAGCACAGCGAUCAGCAUAUAGUCUUGGCUCCUCUCAAGCUACAAAAAGACAAUGCAUCUCACUGGCGGCCCAAGCCAAAAGGCUUCUUGACACUGCGGUUUGGUCUACGGGACUCGUCGCUGAGCCCAGAACAGAUUGACUUCAUGACCAAGAACCUGGCCAAAGCCUUCGGCAAUAAGGCGUUGGUAGGUCUGAGAAGAGUCGAUUGGGUCGACAUCGAGCUUGCUCCACCCACGACGGACUUUGAGCGUGUAGAUUUGAGCUCUCGCGCCAUAGCACAGUGGAGGAAAAUCGUUGAGAAAAACAAGAAGAUGAGAGGCUCCCCGCUGAUUCGGAAGACUGGUUCGGUGGGUGUGUCACAGAAGCGCACAAAUGAAGAUGCACAUGAUCUUCCGGAAGCGAAGCGCAGGUUCCUAGACACCUCGCACCCCCCUCCUUCACCACCGGUCUCGGAAUCUUCGCGCAUUGACUAA